AUGAGCUCCGACGACAAACAAGAGCCCCCGACGAGAAUCUCAACUCCAGAACGUCGAAGGAACAAUAAUCCACCAGAUGUUGAUCAGGAAAAGCAGCUCCAAUUCGAAGGGAAUAAGUUUCUUAGUCAAUGGUCAGCAGCUUUACUGGGGCAUGAAGGAAUAUGCCUUGUUGUUAAAGUGACAGAAGUUCAAAGUGUUUUUCUCAACUGCUCUGAGAAGGAGGAUGCAUGGAAGCUUGGGCUCAUCAACCUUAUUUACCAGUGUCUCUUUGGAUCUGAUAAUAGGAAGAGGGUAUGUUUGAAGAUCUUCAGCAUGGUGGAGGAUAUGGAAAUGUUCCUUCAAUUUCCAUGGGGAAAGGUGUCAUUCAAUUCAACUUUGAAGGGUAUUGACAAGGACAUGAAACAUCUUCGGCAGCUAUAUGUAGAGAAGAAGGAAACUUGCAAGGGGAACUGUGAUGUUGCUUAUACUAUUAGUGGCUUCGCCAUAGCCUUCCAAGUUUGGACAUAUUUGGUUAUGAAGACAUUUGUCCCCAAAUUUGCGGAUAUGAUCGAGGAAAAACAUACAUGCCCAAGGAUAUUACUUUUUACAGCCUCCAGAAGCAACACCAACACUAGCCAAGAGGUAUCCAAUGCCCUUUUCAAAUGCAAUGUCUUUAACAAGAUUCAUGAGUCUGAGGAAGAGAAGAGGAACUACUGUGGGGAUGACUUUGAAGAAAUGGGAGAUUACAUUUAUGAUGAUUUAUUUGAGGUGGAUGGUAGGAAGAGAAAGAAUGAAGAUGGUACUCCCAAACAAAUGCCCAAGAGGAGAACAAUUAAAAGGACAGCAAUUAAGAGGAACGAGUCUAGUGAUGAAUCUAGCGAAGACAGCUCUCGGUCUACUACUCGUGAAUCAAGCCAUGUCCAUUCAGCAACGAGUCCUCAAAAGAAAGAAGACAGUUCUCCUACUAGGCAAGACAAGUUUGAUGACAAGUUUGACAAUCCGGUGACUAAAGCCCAGAAUGAUGACAAGUUUGAUGAGCUUACAAAGGAUGUGAAGGAGUUGACAAGGGAUGUGAAGGAGCUGAAAACUGAAAUGAAGGUAAUGAAAGAGGAUCAAUGGGUUAUGUUCAAUCACAUAAUCCAAUUAUUGGGUGAAAUAAAACAACAAAAGAAUGAUGUUUCUGCUGCUGAUGAUUUAGUGGAGAAGGAUUUGGAAAUCAACAAAGAUAUUGCUGAUGAGAAUGAUGAUAUGAUAAACAAUGCUGCUGUUGUUGAUGAUGACAAAGAUUCUUCUGCUGUUGAUGAUGCUUCUGCUGUUGAUGGUUUAGAGAUGAACAAAGAAGCUGUUGUUGAUGAUGAUCAAAACAAAGAUGUUGCUGCUGAAACUGUUGUUGUUGAAGCUGCUGCUGAUGAAGAGGCUGUUGAUGAUGAAGAGGCUGCAGCAGUUGUUGAUAAGAAUGCUGAGUUGGGAAAGAAAGAAUUGGCCACGAAGAAGAAGAGGAAGGUGGUUUUGGCCAAAAAUAGGUUGCAACAGUUGGGCAAGAAAAGGAAGAUGAAUGAAAAGGCUGACAUGGGAAAGAUGAAUGAUGAAGAGGCUGACAUGGGAAAGAAGAAUGAUGAAGAGGGACAGAGUUUUCGGAGAAAGAAGAGGUCCACACAAUUGGGGAACUACACAGAUCCUAAUGGAAAAUCCUUUAAACUCAUUGAUCCAGUAACUGUAAAUCCUCUUUUAGAUUAUGAUAGUGAACUGUUGGAUGAGUUGAAACAAUGGCUGAAGCUGGAGGAUGAAGACAAGAUAAAUCUGGUUCUUUUCCAUGCUGGUCGAGAAUUGUUUAACAGAAUGUUGAGGCCUCAGAAUUGGCUACAUGAUCAGCAGGAGAUAGAUGCAGCAUGUUACAUUCUUAAAAAAAGGGUUGCCAAUUUUCCCAAGACUUAUCAACCGAUGGAUUUCUCAAUACGUGACUGUAAUGUCUCUACGAGGUUGUCGUUACGUUAUUCAAAGUUCUCCAAAAAUCCACAAACAUACCAAUUCGACGAUGACUUGAUGGAAUAUUUCAGGGGUGAUGAAGGAAAAUUGAUGACUUCUUGGAUGAUUGUAGAUAAGUUAUAUUUCCCUAUGAAUCUGAAUAUGAAGCAUUGGGUCCUUUGUGAGGUGCAACUACAUGAUUGGUGCAUCAAUGUUUAUGACUGCGAACAAGGAUUUAUCAAAAAGAAUUACUAUGACAAGUUCAUGAAACCACUAUGUGAAAUGAUUCCAUAUAUCUUUCUAUUUGGAACGACCGAGUUUGACAGGAUCAAGUAUCCUAAGUUCAGUUUGGAAGGAAUGUCAUAUGUUGUAAUACCACACCCAAGAGUCCCCAAGUGCACGAAGAGUGGAGACUGUGGUCUUUUUACAAUCAUGUAUUUGGAGUACCUUACUGCCAAAUUGGAUAUAUCAGCUGUGACAUCAGAGAACAUGGUUUUUUGGAGACAAAAAUGGGCAGUUAGGUUGUUCCACCAUAUAAUAGACCCAUAG